AGAGAGGGAAGUGACUGAGAGGGCGGGCUGGACUGUUUCACGACAAUUCAUUCACAUCUGUCCCUUCCACGUCUGGCAUAACACCUUUCAUACCUGCUACACCCAACCAACAUCCAUACUCAGUCAGAGCCAAGCCAUCAUCAUGGCCGACGAGAGCGAGCAGCAGUUGACCUUCACGGUCAAGUCGUCCAAUGACGCCAAAUAUGCCAUCACAAUUACCGCCAACUCGACUGUCAGCCAACUGAAGGAGAAGUUGUCGACAUCAGACUUCGCAGACAUCCCGACUGAGCGCCAACGUCUGAUCUACUCGGGUCGUGUGCUCAAGGACAACGAGACGCUAGCAAGUUACAAGAUCAAGGACGGCAACACGAUCCACCUUGUCAAGGGUGCUGAGAGCAACAACCGCCAGAACCCUGCCAACCAAGGAGGCUCGACGACUGUUCCUGGAGCUGGAAACGUUCCCACCAACAUCGCCGCCGGUACUGGCGCUCACAAUCCCCUGGCCCAACUGACAGGCGCACGCUAUGCUGGCUUCCACCAACUACCCGGUGCCGACAUGUUCGGCGCUGACGGUGGUAUGGGCGCACCCCCGGACCCGGAUGCCCUUCUACGAAUGCUCGAGAACCCCAACUUCGCCCAACAGAUGAAUGAAGCCAUGAACAACCCGGAUGUUAUCAACAUGAUGCGCAACAACCCUAUGCUCCGUAACAACCCCAUGGCCCAGCAGAUGUUCGAUAACCCCGAGCUCCGUCGCAUGAUGAUGAACCCCGACUUCAUCCGCAUGCAAAUGAACAUGCAAAGAAGUAUGGGUGGUGGUGGCAUGGGCGGUGCUGGUGCUUUCCCUGCUCCUGGUGCCACAGAUACCACAGAGUCCAACAAUGCCUCGGAAAACACACAACAACAGAACCAACAACCUCCGCCAAACCCCUUCGCCAUGUUCGGUGGUGGCCAAGGAGGUGCCAGCGGCGCAAACCCAUUCGCUGCUCUGUUUGGUGGUAACCCCGGUGCUGCCCAAGGCCAAACACCCGCCGGUACUCCUCCUGUCCCCACCGCCGGUCAAGGCACUCCCGCACAAACCCAAACUCCCGGCGCCAACGCACCUCAAGCACAAGCAAAUCCCUUCGCAAGUCUAUUCGGUGGCAUGGGUGGUGCUCAGGGCGGCAACGGCUCAGAUCCUAUUCAACAAAUGGCUCAACAAAUGAUGCAGAACCCCGACAUGAUGCGCUCAGCGAUGAACAUGAUGCAAGGCAUGUACGGCGGCAACAACAAUGCAGGCGCUGGUGGUGAAGGCGGUGCGGGCGGUGCAGCAGCCGCCAACCCAUUCGGUGGUAUGAAUCCAUUCGCCGCCAUGGGUGGUAUGGGUGGUAUGGGAGGAAUGGGAGGUUUCGGCGCACCGCAACAACAGCAAGAUAGCCGUCCCCCGGAGGAGCAAUAUGCCACCCAACUCGAACAACUCAACGGAAUGGGCUUUUACGAGUUCGACCGCAAUGUUCGCGCUCUGCGUAUGAGCGGUGGCAGCGUGGAAGGUGCUAUUGAGUGCUUGUUCAACGGCUCGGUAUAGACCGUCAUCAGUCUUUUCUUAUUUCUGCGACUAGAACUACAAAGUCGAUCCUUUGCUUAUUCCUUACCGUCACCUCUUUUGAGCGUUGUUUUAUAAUGGCAAUUCUUUCUACUCUUCACUGCUACCUAUUGUUCUCUUCCACCUUGUUUCUCGAGUGUAUGUGCAGAUAUACAAGACUCUUUGUUUCUCUCGCC